AUGAAAGAGGUAGUUUUGUUUCUUGUUCUUCUUGUCUCUGUUUCAGAUGCACAAGUAACGAAACCAAAUAUUGGAAACUUCCUUGAAUGUCUUACUAAUCUCACUAAUCCAGAGAAUCCGAUCACCGAAGCCCUCUCUACUCCCGACAAGUCCACCUUCGUCUCGUUUUACGAGUCCUACACGAAAAAGAAAACGUACUCAUCUAACCCUAACGUCACAAAACCAAUAGCCAUUGUUGCUGCAAAACACGAAUCUCAUGUUCAGGCAACAGUGAUCUGCUCAAAGUCAAACGGAAUCCAGAUCCAGCUUUUCGUGAGAGCAAUGCCUCAAAUCACAUAUGGAGCAAAACCGGGAGAUAAAACCAUCGCGGUUAAGUUCUACGCUCAAUUUUUAGGCUCAGUAAAUAACCUAAUGGAGAUUAUAAACAAGAACUUGCUUGAAUUAGGGCUAAAACGUGAAGAUUGCUACGAAAUGAGCUGGCUUAAUACGACGAUGUUCUGGGAGGAUUAUCCGGUUGGGGCAUCAACGAUUGUUCUUCUGGAGAGGCCAUCGACUCCGCUAGUAGGAUUCCUCAAGAACAAAUCGGAUUACGUCAAGAAACCGAUCCCCAAAGAAGGAAUCGAGAAUAUUUGGGAAACAAUGUUGAAAUUCAACGAUGUGUGGAUGCAGUGGAACCCUUAUGGUGGAGUUAUGGACCAGAUUCCCGAGAACGCAACCGCGUUUCCUCACCGGAGAGGAAACUUGUUCAAGAUUCUCUACUUUGCGACAUGGUGUAAACGCCACGCCACAGACGCGAACCUCAGUUUGAUGAAAGAGCUUUACCAAGUGACGGAGCCGUACGUGACAAGUAACCCGAGAGAGGCGUACUUGAAUUACAGAGACAUUGAUGUUGGAAGCAAUCGGAGUGAUGAGACGAGCGUUGAUGAGGCUCAGAUCUAUGGAUAA